GAGAAAACUAAAUUUGGAUCUGAAUGAUGUUUUCCCAAAAUCAGAUGUCUCGGUUUAGAGUAGGUUAACUGCACGGUCAGCUGGGAUUGAACAAUCACACCCUGGCAUUUCAAGCCCUCGAAACCCGCACUUCCUCUGUCUCCACAAACAACUCGGUUACGAAGUUUAUCAUGAUGAUAGACCAGCCACUCCACGACAAUAUUUUACCAAGAGAGAACGAAAAGAUGACAAAUCAUUGCAAGCCAUCUCUGCUCGUUGGUGAUUCAACUUCACAACUGUGGGACCUAACACUCACUCAAUUGCUUCAAAAGCAAGCCGGACUAAAUCCGUCUAGACCAUGUGUGGUUUUCCCAGAGUACAACUAUCGUGUCUCCUAUGCAGAACUCUACCACAAAUCAAUAAAAGUUGCCAAAGGAUUGAAGAAGAUAGGAAUACGAAAUGGAGACAGGGUUGGAAUUUUGGCUGGCAACUUACCAGCAUACGUUGAACUCUUCUUUGCCGCAUCUCAUGUUGGGGGAAUAUUUGUCGUCUUGAAUACCACAUACACCCCCAGGGAGCUUCUCUUUGCUCUCAAACAUUCAGGAUGUAAAGCUCUCUUUGUUGCCACAUCUAUCGGCAAAUCUUCGACUACAAAGAUCAUGAGCAUGCUGAAGAGUGUCAGCAAAGAUGAGUUGCCCGAGCUGCAAAAUGUCGUUUGUCUCAAGCAAAAUACCGAAUGUGAUUUUCUUAGUUACGAUCAGUUCUGGCGGGCUGGAGAAAGUGUUUCUGAUCAUGAGAUCUUCUCAACUAUGCAACAGCAAUUGGCAGACCAAGUGUGCAAUCUGCAAUUUACAAGUGGCACAACUGGUGCACCAAAAGCUGCAAUGCUAACACACUCGAAUAUUAUCAACAAUGGAAGAUUUGUAGGCGAUAGAAUGUGUCUGGGCUCUGAAGACAUUAUCUGCUGCGCACCUCCUCUUUUCCAUUGCUUCGGGUUGGUUUUGGGACUUCUUGCGGUCAUUACGCAUGGUGCUUGUAUUGUAUUCCCAAGCGAAACUUUUCAAGCAUCACUGGUUUUGAAGGCUGUUUCUGAAGAGUCAUGUACUGGUCUCCACGGCGUUCCAGCCAUGUUUGCUGCUGAGUUGGAACUCCUGAAAGGGGACUCAGCGAGAGAGUUCUCUUCCCUGCGAACGGGAAUUGCGGCCGGAUCGCCUGUUCCUCAGAAAAUGAUGGCUGAUCUCCGGAAGAAAAUGAAUAUGAAAGAGAUAACAAGUACAUAUGGGAUGACGGAGACGUCCCCUGGCUCUUUCAUGUCGUACACAGAUGAUCCGGUAGAAAAACGACUGUCCACCGUUGGAAAGAUUUUGCCACACACAAGGGCCAAGAUUGUGAACACCAGGGGUGAUACUGUGCCGAUAGGGACUCGAGGGGAGCUUAUGGUGUCAGGAUUCCAGCUACAGAAAGGAUAUUGGAGAAAUCCGAAGAAGACCGCUGAAUCGAUGCAACGUGAUGAAGAAGGUUGUCUUUGGAUGCGAACUGGAGAUGAAGCUGUCUUUGACAACGAAGGAUAUUGUAGCAUCACGGGGAGAAUAAAAGACAUCAUAAUUCGAGGAGGCGAAAAUAUUUUCCCUCUGGAGAUCGAAGAAGUGCUUGGUCAGCAUCCAUCUAUCAUUCAGCCCAGCGUUAUUGGUCUUCCUGACGCCAAGUACGGCGAGGUGGUAGCCGCUUUCCUCCAACAUCGCUCAGCAGAGCCACGCCCAUCAGAUCAAGAGUUGAGAAACUUUGUGAGGCAAACACUGGGCUGGCAUAAAGCUCCAGUACAUGUAUUCUGGCUAGGAGAAGGAGAGGAUUUCCCAAAAACUGGGAGUGGUAAAGUCCAGAAGCAUAUUUUGAGAGCUAUAGGAAAGGAGAGACUGAAGCGAUCAGUCCGUACUUCGAGAUUGUAGCUUCUUACUAUUGUAUUCAAAAAGCUGGUAUGCAACAAUUAUCU